AUGCGAUUUGUAUUUUGUGCGGUUGCAAUCUGCCAUAUAUUACAAGAUUAUUCUCAUGUUGAUUGGACCUCAUUGAGGAAUUUUAUAAGAGCUAGCCUAAAUUACGAUGGCGGAAUUGGUCAAGGUCCUGGAGACGAAAGCCAUGGAGGAUCGACAUUCUGCGCUAUUGCAUCACUCUCUCUAUCCAAUCGCCUUUGGGAUGAGUCAGUAUUGACGCGAAAUGAAAUCAGUCGAUUAGUAAGAUGGGCUUUGUGGAAACACGAUCACGGUUUUCAUGGAAGAGCUCAUAAGGAUGAUGACAGUUGUUAUGCAUUCUGGAUAGGAGCUACUUUAGAGAUUUUGAAUGCUGAGCACUUUCUGGAUAAGGAUAAGCUUCGAUCCUUCCUGCUUAUCGCCCAACAUCAAGCACUUGGUGGCUUUUGCAAAGUUCCGGACCCAGCUGGCUUUCCAGGUUUUUUCCAUCUCCUUCUCCUUUCAGAUCUUCUUCAUACCUACUUUUCAUUGGCUGCUUUUUCACUGUUGCGGGAACCUGGCUUUUCUCCUAUCCAUGCGUCGUUGAAUGUGUCGAGACAUGUCUAUGAGAAUAUCCUGAAAUGCACGAGCUAG